AUGGCCAGCGGAUCUCCAAAGCGCAGGGCAAGGGCAAAGCGUGCGCAGAGGAGCUUCGCAGUUCUGGCGCUUCUGGGCGGUGCCACAAGCCGUGUCGGUCGUGCGCUGGCAGGACCGGCGGCCUCCUUGAAGGCUCUGCGCCAGAGGUUCGUGGAGGCCAAGUCCAUCGAGAGGCUCCCGACUGCAGGCGUCCUUGCCCCAUGGACUGACAUCGAGCGCGUCUUCACGAUCGUCCCCCAUCAGUUACGGCGAGACAUUGAGCAAUUGGAAUACCUCGUGUCCAAGAAGGCAGCUUCGGAAGCUUGGGGCCUUGUCCAAGCCAGGCUUCGCAUGUAG